AACGCCCCCUCCUCCCUCUCUGUCUCUCGGUGUAUUUUAGCUAAGCUCGGCCACAGUUCAGUCACUCACUGCUAAUCAGAGCAUAAACAUGGCUGCUAACCGAGUGAUCGUGUACGGCGGAAGAGGCGCUCUGGGCACAAAGUGUGUCCAACAUUUCAAAUCCAAAGGAUGGUGGGUUGCUAGCAUCGACAUGGCUGCAAACGAGGAGGCAAACGAAAACGUGAUUGUGAAGUUGAGUGAGUCUUUCACCGAGCAGGCAGGACAGGUGACUACAGAUGUGGCCCAGUUGCUAGGGGAACAGAAAGUGGAUGCCAUCUUGUGUGUGGCAGGAGGAUGGGCCGGAGGAAGCUGUAGUUCCAAAGAUUUAUACAAAAACACAGAUCUGAUGUGGAAACAGAGUGUGUGGACUUCCACCAUCUCCAGCCACCUUGCUGCCCUGCACCUGAAACCAGGCGGACUGUUGACUUUGGCCGGGGCCAAAGCAGCCCUGUCAGGCACUGGAGGCAUGGUAGGCUAUGGCAUGGCUAAAGCUGCCGUCCAUCAGCUGUGUCAGAGUCUUGCAGCAAAAAACAGUGGGAUGCCAUCAGGAGCUGCUGUUGUGGCUAUAUUACCGGUUACCUUGGAUACGCCAAUGAACAGGAAGUUCAUGCCUGACGCAGACUUCAGUUCCUGGACACCGCUGGAGUACAUUGCAGAAAUGUUCUUCAACUGGACCACAGGGGUGAACCGGCCGGCUUCAGGAAGCCUGAUGCAGCUGCUGACCUCUGGAGGCGAAACCCAGGCUGUGGCUGCGCAGUAGAGGACAGAGAUGGUGCUGAGAGUUGGGGAGGGAGGGAGAGAGAAAUAGAAAGAUGGAUGGAAGCAGAGAGAGGGAGAGCUGAGGAGAUGGAGAGGCACAGAGAUAUAGACUGGUAGAGAGAGGAGGAGUAUAUGGGGAAGGAGAGUUAUAGAGAUAGGAGAUGUGAUGAAGAGGGUGUAGAGGUGAAGAAGAGAGAUGGUGACAGAGAAGAACUAAAUAAAAUAAGGAGGUAGAGAGGAGAUGGCUAGAUGGGUUUGUUUUGGAGCACGGGGGGACUUUCAUUGCAAAUGCUGCUUCACGGCGCCAUCUAGCUGUAAAUCCCCACAAUUAUCCCACUUAAGGGUGCACUCUCCUCUCUUGCACAACAAUUUUGAAGGCUAUUCUUUCAAAGAUCAGUGAAGUGUGUUAAAUGAGAAACAUUUCAUAUCUAAAUGUAAAAUAUGUAGCUCUAUUUUGGUCAGGAGUGUGUGGAAGAGGUCACCGAUUAAGAUGCAUAUAUAAUUUGUUAUACAAUACCAUUGUAACUCUGUCAUAGCAGUGUUAUUGCAUUAAUUAUAAUGUAGAAAAUUGCUCAAAAUGGAAAAAGCUGUCUUAAUUUCCCCCCUAGAGUUUCUGUAUUUCACCACCAGGACCCCCCCAUCUCCAAAAUGCAUCUUCAUACCUACACUCGCUACAGUCAUUUUCUUUAACAUCUGUGAAAUUCAACACAUGACAAUGUCGGUUCAGUGUGACAUGUGAGAUCUGUAGACCUUUUAGUUUGUACUGUUCAUAGUCCAUGAAGGUCCUCAAAGUCGAAGAAAGCGGCUGUUGACUCUCAAACGGACAAUAUGGUUUAAAGUGGUGUGGCCUUAUUUUAUGUUUGGAGCUAUCAAGUCAAAGUGUCCGCUGUGUCCGCGGUAUGAAAAAGGUGCUCUGUUCCUGUUGAGGGUUUUUUAAAACAUGUAUUGUAACUGUCAAAUUCACAAUAAAAUGAGUCAAAAUAAA